GAGACGGACGACGCAAACUGAGCAAAUGGAGUUCAAACUUAAAACGGAUGCUUCCAUUUCCCAGUCCACACGAUAUUUAUCCGAAUUAUUUGGCUUCCAAACUUCCACAAAUGCUCGCACCAACGCCCGACCCUUUAUUUUUUUUUAAUUAUUUUCUGUUUUUCUCCCAACCUGUCUCCCCCCAUCUCCAUGUUCUGAUUCUCUGCUAUCUGAAAAACACUAACUGCAAUGAAAAGUGCCAUUAAUCCACUUGCUCGCUGUCUUCCUUUCGGCUCCGCCUCUUGGUCAAAUUUGGAAGUCAAGACACAGAAGUGCGGCACUGGUGCACAAUCUAUCUAUUUGUCCCAUGUUGAAAGUAUUGGUAAUUCAUGUAUCGGAUCAGGACUUGCUAGUCAUGCAGGGCUUCACCGGAGAAGAGUUGUAAAUCCACGUGGUAUGGCUCUGGUGAAAAUGUGUUCCACAAGCAGGAAGUCCAAAUUCUUCCAAUUGGUCGGAUCUCAUAGAAACUUCUGUUAUUUUGGGACAAGAUAUUCAACACUGCUCUCCAGCACGACAAAAAAAAUUUCAUCAUCUGGUAUUAGUACAAGUAAACGUGAGGCAAAAACAAUAUUUGCUUUCCAUGUUGAGAAGGUACUAGUUGCUCUCAAGGAAUGGAAGCAGUUACACAUCAUGACCGUUGCUGGUUUACUGGCAUGCGCUUUUAUGGUUGUUCCAUCAGCUGAUGCUGUGGAUGCCCUCAAAACUUGCGCCUGCUUGCUUAAGGAAUGCAGGGUAGAACUUGCCAAGUGCAUUGGAAACCCAUUAUGUGCCGCCAAUAUUGCUUGUCUCCAAACUUGCAACAAUCGACCUGAUGAGACAGAAUGUCAGAUCAAAUGUGGGGACUUGCUUGAAAACAGUGUUGUUGAUGAAUUCAAUGAAUGUGCAGUGUCACGAAAGAAAUGUGUACCUACAAAGUCUGAUGUUGGGGAGUUUCCAGUCCCUGAUCCUGCUGUUCUAGUUAAGAGUUUUAACAUUUCAGAUUUCAGCGGGAAGUGGUUCAUUACCAGUGGCUUAAAUCCUACCUUCGAUACUUUUAAUUGCCAACUGCAUGAAUUCCACAUCGAGUCCAACCAACUUGUUGGCAAUUUGUCAUGGAGAAUACAAACCCCAGAUGGCGGCUUUUUCACAAGAUCCGCUAUACAAAGAUUUUUCCAAGAUCCCAACCAGCCUGGGAUACUUUACAACCAUGACAAUGAGUAUCUUCACUAUCAAGAUGACUGGUAUAUUCUAUCAUCCAAAAUAGAGAAUAAACAAGAUGACUACGCAUUUGUGUACUACAGAGGUAAAAAUGAUGCGUGGGAUGGCUAUGGUGGUGCUGUUGUUUACACGAGAAACAGGGUUUUGCCUGAAAGCAUUGUUCCUGAGCUAGAAAGAGCAGCUAAAAGCGUAGGGCGCGACUUUAACAAGUUCAUAAGGACAGAUAACACUUGUGGUCCUGAGCCGACAAUUAUAGAGAGGCUCGAGAAGACAGUAGAGGAAGGGGAGAAGACCAUUUUAAAGGAAGUUGAAGAGUUAGAAGGGGAGGUUGAGAAGGUUGGAGAGACUGAAAAGACAUUGUUUGAGAGGUUGACAGAAGGAUUUAAAGUGCUUCAGGAAGACGAGAAGAAUUUCUUAAGAGAGCUAAGCAAAGAAGAGAUGGAUUUAUUGAGCGAGCUGAAGAUGGAGACAAAUGAGUUAGAAAAGCUCUUUUCAAAAGCACUGCCACUUAGGAAGCUAAGAUAGAUUUCACUUUGAGAUAGAUUUGCUCUUUGGUUGCACCAUAUAUAUAUAUAUAUAUACACGUAUGUAUAUAUAUAUACUGCCAUUUUCCAUUUUUUAUUCUUUGGACGAGGUAAACCGCCUUUGUAUCCACACUUGGCUUGUUAGAAAAUGAUAUGAAAAGUUCAAUUUACGUUGUA